AUGGCUUCGUCGGAUCCCGAGAAGCGCGCCAUCCCCACGAACGAUGACAAAUAUGAUCUGCUGCCGUCAAAUGAGAGAAUCCCAAAGCGAGGCGUCUGGCAUUGGGUAGCUAUCUGCCUCGGCGCGAUCGUCGUCUUCUCAAUUGGAGUGACAUCCCGUCGAUGCUCCGCCGCCACUUCACUCUUCAUAAGUCACGGCGUACCACGAUACCAUCAUGCUCGUCCGGGGCUAGUAUCUCAGGCUAUCAACAGUCGGUCACCAGCCAAUGCUCAGGAGACGACGGCUACUACCUCGGCUGCAGCACCGAACAAGACCGUCCUCAAAACCUUUGAGGUUGCCCAGCCAGUUUUGAUGCCCGGCGGCCCUGCCGAGAGCGACGGUUCGACUCGCCAUGGAGAAGACUACUCACCUGAACUAUGCACCGUCUUGUUGAUGCGCCACGAUUUUGCCUGGAGCUAUAAUGCCCCGUUCGUGGGGGACUACAUCCCGCCUGACUGCGAGUUUAAUCGUGUGGUGCUUAACUUUAGCGUCGUGAGCCAGGGCCGGCAGUUUGACAGGCUUGCGAUCAUGUAUCUUGGCGAUACCGAAGUUUGGAGGACAUCCACAGCUGAGCCCACGGCCCCCCCAGGUAUCAGUUGGAUUUACCUUAAAGAUAUGACCCAUUACCUGUACUUUUGGAAAUCCCCCCAAAGGGUCAUAUUUGAUCUUGGCAACCUGAUCGACGACAAAUAUACUGGCAUCUUUAACACCACUAUGACUGCCAUCUUCUACAACGACGACGUUGAAAUAGAUCAGGCUCCGCCAAGUGACUUGAUCAUUCCAAUCUCAGCACGUCAAGGGGUAAACGACUCGAUCAGCCGGUUUACAUUGCCGUCCGAGAACGCGACCAAUACGAUCAGCCUCCCGCGCAAUAUUCGCCGUGCCGUUUUCUCCGUCUCAGCCAACGGCCAAACAAGCGAGGAGGAGUUUUGGUGGAGUAACGUUCUGCAGAGCGACGUCUACACCUUCAACGCCACUGCGGGAAAGCUUCCGGGUCUCAGUCCCUUCCGCGAAGUCCAAGUUCUCAUCGAUGGUAGACUUGCCGGGGUCCAAUGGCCCUUCCCCGUUAUUUUCACUGGCGGAGUCGUUCCCUCGCUACACCGGCCCAUCGUAGGCAUCCAUGCUUUCGACCUCCGCGAGCACGAGAUAGACAUUACCCCCUUCCUGGGCUUGCUGUGCGAUGGCCAUGAGCACACCUUCACCAUCCGUGUAGCCGGCCUGAACAACACCGGCGAUAGCACCACGGCCUCGCUCACCGACACCGUCAACGAGAGCUGGUACGUAACCGGCAAGAUCUUUCUCUGGCUCGACGAAGACCCCUCCUCCAUCACGCGCGGCGAAAUCCCCAUCAUCAACCAACCUCCACCUACAAUCGCCGUCACCCGCUCCCUCACCACCUCUACCACCAACGGCACCACGAACAACGAAACCCUCACCUACACCACAUCCGUCGAGCGCGCUCUACGCAUCACCUCAAACUCAGCCUCGUGGACGCAAAGCCUGCACUACACCAACCAAGGCCACGUCACCGCCUUCGGCUUUAACCAGGUCAACGACCUCAGCAUCUCCGGCACCGACACGCUCCGCACCCCGACCACGCACUACCGCGCCGCCUACGAGUACCCCGUCUUCUGCAACUCGUCGUACGCCGUCUCGCCCCAGGGCAACCUGUCCAUCUGGGCGUACCUGCGCCAGGGCAAGGAGGCCGCCGUGUCGGGCGCGAGCGUCUUCCCCACGGGCCUGGAGGCGUUUGCGAAGGAGAAGUAUGCCGGGCGCGGGCUGGUCAGUCGUCUGCAGACGAGUAAGGAGGGCACGGCCGAGUUUCGGCAGAGUGGGGAUGGGAAGAACCUGUUACUUCCCGGUUUGUACCUGUAA